UUUCUGAGUUCUGAAGCGCAUUGAAUCCGGAAAUGUCACACAGGAACAACGCCACGUUUAGCCAGUUAUUACACGUUAACACGCGAGUGUAAACACGACUUAAACUCAUUUUAUCGUGUCUACUUUUGCUUAGUACACACUCUGCUAUGCCUGGUUUAGAUUACAAGUUUCUGGAGCGACCGAGACGCCGCUUUCUGUGUCCUUUGUGCAGUAAACCGAUGAGGGAACCUGUCCAGGUGUCCACCUGCGGACACAGGUUCUGUGACACCUGUCUGCAGGAGUUUCUCAGUGCCGGCAUAUUCAAGUGCCCAGAAGAUCAGAUGCCUCUCGACUACGCUAAAAUUUUCCCAGAUGUCGAGUUGGAGCAGCAGAUUCUGGCUCUGCCCAUCCGCUGCAUUCACAGUGAGGAAGGUUGCCGCUGGUCAGGACAGAAUAAACAACUACAGGUCCAUCUCUCAGUAUGUACCUAUAACGUGGUGCCGUGUCCAAACCGCUGCAUGAUGAAACUGUUGCGCCGUGAUCUUCCUCAGCACCUGCAGCAUGACUGCACCAAGAGAAAGCUGCGCUGUGACCACUGCGCUGAUGAGUUCACAGGGGAAGCACAUGAGAGACACCAGGACAUGUGUCCAGAGGAGAGUGUGUACUGUGAGAAUAAGUGUGGGGCUCGUAUGGUGCGCAGGUUGCUGACGCAGCACAGCGUGUCCGAAUGUCCUAAACGCAAACUGUCCUGCAAAUACUGCAGCAAGGAGUUCCUGUACGACACCAUUCAGAAUCAUCAGAGCCAGUGUCCACGCGUCCCAGUGCAGUGUCCUAACAGCUGUGGCACACCCGGCAUCACCCGAGAGGAUUUAACCAUUCAUGUUAAGGAGAGCUGUGGGACCUCCAUGGUGCUCUGUCCCUUUAAGGACGCCGGCUGCAAAUACAGAUGCUCCAAGCCUGCAGUGUCCCUUCACCUGGAUGAGGCCGCUCACUCUCACCUGUCUUUACUCAGCAGCCUUGUUUCUAGGCAGAGACUCGAGCUGCGAGAGCUGAGGCGUCGUGUCGAGGAACUUUCCGGAACCCAAGACGGGACUUUGCUUUGGAAAAUCCCCAACUACAGCCGUCACCUACAAGAAACCAGAAAUUGCUCGAAUGGAACGUCGGAGCUCUUCAGCCCCGUUUUCUACUCUCAUCGCUACGGAUACCGUCUCCAAGUGUCCGUCUUUCCGAACGGGAACGGCAGCGGCGAAGGAACAUACCUCUCCGUCUAUAUCAGAGUGCUCCCGGGGGAGUACGACGGCCUGUUGGAGUGGCCGUUCCCUCACCGCGUCACCUUCUCGCUGCUGGACCAGAGCGACCCAGCACUGUCCAAACCUCAACACGUCACCGAGAGCUUCAGCCCAGAUCCCAACUGGAAGAACUUCCAGAGACCUCGACCUGGAGCAAUCGGGAGCGUACGUACCAGCCUUUUGGACGAGAGUAUGCUGGGAUUCGGCUACCCCAAGUUUAUCUCGCACGAGCAGAUGAAGCAAAGGAACUACAUCAGAGACAACGCCAUCUUCAUCAAAGCUUCUGUAGAUGUGGUGCAGAGAAUAAUCAACUAACCCGACUUGAGUUAAAAGGAGUUGAAGCAAUCCAGUAAAAUCAUCCUUUAUUAUUAAGGCAUGAUUAUAUAUGGUCGCCGUUUGUCCACUGUCGAUUUUAGUCUUGAGGAAAAACCUCAAUAAAGUGUAAGGAAGUGGACAAGGACUUGAGUUAGCAGGACUGGGGAAUCGGUUCCGUCUCAGUACGGACAUUCUUCUCCCAUAUACAUAGGAGUGUUUGGGGACAAUAGGAUGGGUGUAGAAAAAAAGUAGGCUAAUAGUUUUUUUUUAGUUUAAUCGGCCUGUUAGAUUUGAAAUCGUGUCACUGCUAAUAUACAGAGAAGAAUUGUUCACAAAACAUUGAGUCAAGUAAAAGUACUGAUAUAAUAAUAAUUAUUUAAAGCGAAAGUCAUAAACAAGUGGUGAACAGUUACUGAACAAAAUGUCUCACCACUAAUCUGAGUACCUUCUGUAUAAAACAUUCUACUAACUAACCAAGUGAGCUGGUUGGGAAAAAUGCCACCACCUCCAUUAUCGAGUGCAUACAAAGAACACUAUCGCAAGGAACGUUUAGCUAAGCUACAGUAUGUCUAUCAUGUUAUACAAAUAAUGCACGUUCUGUUUUUAGCUACUUUGUUAGCUAUCUAGCAAAAAAUUUCACACGUUACUGUAUAGGUCAUAGCGGCACUGAUUUGUGACUUUUCUGGUUCGUUACAGAGCUUUAAUUCUGUAACGUGUCACUUUAGAGACGUAACUGGGUAGUCGGUCAGUCACUCAGCUAGCUAAUUGUUUAGCAUCUACUAGUCAGAUGUCUAGUCUCCAGGGAUGGAAAACGAAACUCAAACAUACUGUGAUUAAUUUUAGACUUUAAUAUUCCUGAAGUGUCAUCAAUGUACUUUUGUAAUGGUUCCUCACGUUUUCCAAGCUGAAGAUUCUCCACAAGAGGGCGCUAUUAUUACUCAGUUUAAACCGAUGGGUAUCAGUAGAUAUAUAGAAUUGAUUCAGUGUAAUUUUACAGCCCUAAGGACCAAAUUAGAAGUUGUAGCUUUUCUUGUAGCACUAGUAUAAGAAACUUUGCAAGUCUUACUGGUGUAACGGCGGCAGCAGCAACAGGGCCAGUGGUGAAGACUUAAAUACUUUUCUAUUUAAAUGCAGUUUGUGUCAUGAUUUAAAAGAUGUGUAUUUUCCACGUGUUUCUUACUUGAAAAUAAUAAUAAUAAAACUCCUUGAUAUCUCUUGA